AUGAGAAGCCUUCUACUGAGUGUGCUCCUCCCGGUUCUCAUCUCUGCUGGGACAUCAGAACCACAAUAUGCACUUUACAUUCCUGCAAAGCUGAACAGCGGAGAGAUUGAAAAAGCCUGUAUGAACCUCCAAGGUUACGAGCAAACCCUACAGCUCAAUGUGGUACUUCAGUACAGCGGGAUUAACUUCACUAUAUUCUCUGAGAAGGUCUCCCCUCCUACAUACUUCCAAUGUAACAACUUCCAGAUCCCAGUAGUACGAGGUGAUGUUCCAGCCUUUGUAUUGCUCUCUGUCUCCGGAGAAGAUGUGCAGGUAUUACAGAGAUAUUCUGUGGUCAUCACUGAGGUCAACAACAUCUACCUGGUCCAAAUGGAUAAACCAAUCUACAAACCUGGACAGAAAGUGCUGUUUAAUCUGGUUUCACUAAAUCAGCAGCUGCUUCCUGUUAAUGCAACGGAUCCAUCAGGGAGUCGCUUAGUCCAAUGGUUGGAUCAGAAGUCACAAAGCGGUCUUGUAUCGUUAGAAUUCUCUCUGGUGGAUGACGCCGUUUCUGGAUCUUACGUUAUAACGGCUGAGAUAGCGCCUAACGCUGCUGUGAGUCAGUGGUUUAGUGUGGAUGAAUAUGUGCUGCCCAGAUUUGAUGUGAAUUUGGAAGCUCCGACCACUUUAUCCAUUCUGGAUGAGACUCUACAUUUUAAUAUCUGUGCAGAGUAUACGUAUGGAGAACCAGUGCCUGGAGCGGUAGCAGUGAAAUUCUGCAGACAGCCCACUUAUGGUCUAUUAAAUAAUUGCUUCAAGGACAAAAAUGGCGCCUGCUUUUAUAAGACAGCACAGAUCGGGCGCCCAACUGGUAUCAUGCAUAGACCUAUUGAGCAUUGUACGGUUACCUCAUUAUCAGUGCCACCUAAUGUACAGUUGGCCUCAGAUGGCACCUACCAGGGGGAAAUUGACCUGACCUCCAUCCAGAUGGAUCUCUCUGGAGCCCAAACCAAUCUUAAUUUAUCUGUAACAGUUACGGAGAAUGGAACAGGGAUCCAAGUCACAAAGACUCAGUAUCUGUGGGUGACCAGCCAACUUGCCAGCAUCAGUUUCAAUUAUGAGCAUAUGAACCAGUUUUAUAAAAGAGGGCUCCCAUAUUCUGUCAUGGUUUUACUUACGGAUGAGAAGGGCCUCCCGAUAGCAGGUGAAGAGGUGCAGCUCAAUAUUGAUGGUGUUUGGGGCACUCAGACUGUAAUAACUGGCUUGGACGGAUCAGCAAGAUACGAGAUAGACACCUCUAACUUCCUAGAACCCAACUUUACAAUCAAGGCCAGUUACCUGAAUACAGAGCAGUGCUAUUACAGUAGGUGGCAAGGUCCUGACUAUCCAACCACUGAAUACACUGUCUUUCGCUUCUAUUCGGAGACCGGAAGCUUCCUGCAGAUCAUUCCUCUUCAGGGCACCCUACAAUGUGGUCAGAAGCAGAAGAUUGAGGUUCAGUUCCUUCUGAGCGCUGAUGGGGUUGGUGUUGGGGCUACUAAAGCCACGUUCUAUUAUCUCACUAUGUCAAGAUCACGGAUAGUUCAGUCUGGACAGCAAGAUGUUGAGCUCAGUCCGGCUAUGAAUGGGACUCUCUCUUUUGACCUCCCAAUAACUUCAGAAAUCGCCUUCAGGACGGACCUCAUUGUGUACAGCCUUCUACAAACAGAGCUCAUUGCAGAUACCAGGUCAUUGAAUAUCGAAAGCUGCUUCAAAAAUGAGGUAUCGCUGAGUUUCUCUAAAGAAAUUGGACCUCCAGCCUCCGAUGUUGACCUACAGAUAUCGGCAUCUCCAGGAUCUCUGUGUGCAGUCAAAGUGAUUGACUCCAGUAUACUUCUUCUCCAACCAGACACAGGGAUGACACCUGAAGCAGUAUAUUCCUCCCUGCAGAACUGGUUCUCAGGAUAUUUUAUUGGACAAUUCAAUGUUGAGGAGCCGGGACCCCCCUGUCAGGAUCCCAACAAACAGAUAUUUUAUAAUGGAAAUUAUUAUGUUCCUGUGAGUAGUGAUUCUGAUGGAGAUACAUAUAAUUACCUGAAGAAUAUAGGCUUAAUUGUGGGGACAGACGUGACUGUGAGAAAGCCUGAGGUGUGCAGCCUGAAAAACUAUAUCUAUCCACAAGGAAUAUUUCCAAAGGCUGAAGAGAUGGCGCAGCAUGCCCCUGCUCCCUAUAUGGCUAGUACAUUGGGAGGAUCUAAAACAAUUGAAACAGUUAGAGGAAACUUUUCGGACACCUGGGUGUGGACAAUGGUAACGGCUGAUUCACAAGGCCAUGGCAAUAUAUCUCAGACAGUUCCUGAUACUAUCACUGAGUGGGAGGGCUCCAUGAUCUGCACGUCUGAAACGGACGGGUUUGGGAUGACGAAGAGUCCGUCAGAGUUCACCACAUUCCUCCCAUUCUUCAUAGAGGUGUCUCUACCUUAUUCCUUCAUUCGAGGAGAAUUGCUUGUCCUAAGUGGCUUUGUGUCCAACUAUCUGGAGCAAUGUGUGAAGAUCCUAGUAAGUUUGUCGAAGUCUGAUGAUUAUCAAGCUGCACUGCAAGAGGGAGAACAGAAUGCAUGCAUCUGCUCAGAAGAGAGAGCCUCCUAUAUCUGGAACAUAAAUGCGACCUCAUUAGGGGUUAUCAAUUUUACUGUUUCGGCAGAGACUACCUACAUUGGUCAAACAUGUGAUGGAACCAAUGAUCCUUCUCAGCCCUCCCGCAAGGAUACUGUGAUACAGACCAUUAUUGUCGAGGCUGAGGGGAUUAAAAAAGAAGUCACCUCUAGUAAUCUCAUCUGUAUCCAAGGAGAUAUUAUAGGUCUUCCCCUGCAGAACCUUCAGAACCUGCUCCAGAUGCCUUUUGGAUGUGGAGAACAGAAUCUUGUGCGCCUAGCUCCCAUACCUCAUCUUCUAGAUUAUCUGAACGCCACGGGCCAACUUACAGAAGAGAUUGUCCAGAAAGGGAUUCAGUUCAUGAACACUGGUUAUUACCGAGAGCUCAGAUACAAACUAUCGUCUGGAGCUUAUAGUUUAUUUGGAGGCUUCGGGAGUGAAGAAAACUCAUGGUUGACAGCUUAUGUCUUCAAGACUUUUGAAAAAUGCAAGCAAUACAUUUACAUUGAUGAGAGAAUUCAGCAGCAAACACUCAUCUGGCUGGGAAACAACCAGCAACUGGACAGCGGCUGCUUCAGAGCCAUUGGUGACUCCUUCAUGAAAAUGAAAAAAGGAGCAGAUGAAGAUCUCAUCUACACGGCCUUCCUUGCCAUCACUCUCUUGGAGUCUAAUUACAGUCUUGGGAUGACCUUGUUGGACAGUACCUUGACCUGCCUACAGAACGCCCUUAAGACCGAACAAAGUUUAUCCAACCAGGUCCUCAUGGUCUACACCUUUACACUGGCUAAGGAUUGGGACAGGAGGUAUAGUCUUCUCAAGUCACUAAAAUCUAAGGCCAUCUCAGAAGGAGGGAUGAUUCAUUGGGAACGUGAAGACAAACCUGAAGUACGACCUAUUGGCCUUUUCUACCCUCUGUAUUCUGCCGCUGAAGUGGAAAUCACUGCAUAUAUAUUACUGAGCAUUGCCAUCGGACCCAAUAUCACCCAAGAUGAACUGACGUACAUGGCACAGAUCUCAGUUUGGCUGAUUAGGCAACAAAAUUCAUAUGGGGGAUUUCAUUCCACCCUGGACACUGUGGUUGCUCUUAAAGCUCUUUCUGCAUUUGCCAAAUUGAUUUUUAACCCCAAUGCUGAGCACAUUAUACGACUGAAUGGACAAAAUCAGCAAAGCUCGGAGAUAAAGCUGAAUAAGGACAACAGACUCCUGGUCCAGAGACAAUCGCUCAUUGUUCCUGGUGAUUACAGCAUCAGCAUCACAGGGAUAGGCUGCUGUCUUAUACAGACCACUCUUCAGUACAACGUCCCUGUUCCCCAGGAGAACUCCGCUUUCCAUCUCUCGGUAAACACGUCUUCUAUGAGCUGUGUGAACGGAGUGGCCUACACCUUUACUAUUGGCAUCAGUGUCAGCUAUAGAGGAAAUCGACCUCAAUCCAAUAUGGCGAUCAUAGAUAUUGCAUUGCUCUCGGGAUACCAAGCAGACUACUGGUCUCUUCAAGAGUUGGUGGAAAAAAAAGUGAUUUCCAACAGUGAGACCAAGAACAAUCAUGUGAACCUGUACCUGAAAUCUGUUACCUGUGACACAACUUACCUAUCAUUCAACGUUAUGAUGGGCAAUAGAGUGCUAAAUGUGAAGACUGGCUCCAUCUAUGUGUAUGAUUACUACGAAACAGCUGACAAUGGUUAUGCAUCGUACCGCCACCCCUGUGCUCAGCAGUAA